AUGUCUGCUGCCAGCUGUCUGCGAUCUGAAGAUCAGUUUCUGUGCUCCAUCUGUCUGGAUGUGUUCACUGAUCCAGUCACCACAUCAUGUGGACACAACUUCUGCAAAAACUGCAUCACUGAACACUGGAACAGUAAUGACCAGUACUCGUGUCCGAUGUGUAAAGAGGUUUUCUACACAAGACCUAAGUUGAAGGUGAAUACUUUCAUCUCUGAGAUGGUUUCUCAGUUCAGACAGGAAACUCAACAGAAAGCCAGCAGCAGCAGCUCAGAGCAACAAGCUGCCAAACCAGGAGAAGUUCCCUGUGACGUCUGUACUGGAACCAAACUGAAGGCCCUGAAGUCCUGUCUGGUGUGUCUGACCUCCUACUGUGAGACUCACCUGGAGCCUCAUCUGACAGCUUCACGUCUGAAAAGACAUCAGCUGAUGGACCCUGUGGAGAACCUGGAAGACAGGAUGUGUAUGAAGCACAAUAAACCUCUGGAGUUGUUCUGUAAGACCGACCAGACAUGUGUCUGCAUGCUCUGCUCUGCUUUAGACCACAAGACACACGAGUUUGUUCCUCUGAAAGAAGAAUAUGAAGGAAAGAAGGCAGAGCUGGGGAAGACAGAGGCUGAAAUUCAGCAGAUGAUCCAGAAGAGAAGACUGAAGAUUCAAGAGAUCAAACACUCAGUUGACCUCAGUAAGAAAGAUGCAGACAGAGAGAAAGCAGAAGGUGUUCAGGUCUUCACCGCUCUGAAGGAGUCUGUUGAGAGAAGCCUGAAUGAGCUCAUUGAGACGACUGAAGAGAAGCAAAGAACGACCGAGAAACAGGCUGAAGACUUCAUCAAAGAGCUGGAACAGGAAAUCUCUGAGCUGAAGAAGAGAAGCUCUGAAGUGAAGCAGCUCUCAAACUCUGAAGACCACCUCCACCUCCUCCAAAACUUCCCGUCCCUGAAAGCUGCUCCACCCACCAAAGACUGGACAGAGGUCAGCGUCCGUCCACCAUCAUAUAAGGGGACUGUGGUGAGAGCUGUGACUCAGCUGGAGAAGACGCUCAGUAAAGAGAUGAAGAAGCUGGUUGAGGCUGAGCUGAAGAGGGUCCAGCAGUAUGCAGUGGAUGUGACUCUUGAUCCUGAUACAGCACAUCCUGAUCUCAUCCUGUCUGAUGAUGGAAAACAAGUGAAUGAUAGUGAUGUGGAGAAGAAUCUCCCAGACAACCCAAAGAGAUUUUCUGAUUGUCCUGGUGUUUUAGGAAAGCAGAGUUUCUCUUCAGGCAGAUUUUACUUUGAGGUUCAGGUUAAAGAGAAGACUAAAUGGGAUUUAGGAGUGGCCAGAGAGUCGAUCAACAGGAAGGGAAAAAUCACACUGUGCCCUCAGAAUGGUUACUGGACUAUAGUGAUGAGAAAUGGAAAUGAGUAUGAAGCUGUUAAUUACCCUCCAGUCAUUCUCUCUCUGAAGUCUCAGCUUCAGAAGGUGGGGGUGUUUGUGGAUUAUGAGGAGGGUCUGGUCUCCUUUUAUGACGUAGAUGCUGCAGCUCUUAUCUACUCCUUUACUGGCUGCUCCUUCACUGAGAAACUCUACCCAUACUUCAGUCCCUGUUAUAAUGAUGGUGGUAAAAACUCCGCCCCUCUGAUCAUCUGUCCUGUCAAUCAAACUGAGUAGAGUAAUCACCUGUUUUAUGUCAUAAAUGUGUCUUUGUUUUUGAAGAGAGUAAAUAUACAAACACAUUCUUGUUUAUUAUGAGAAAAAACACAAACUAGGAUUUCUAUCUAAAAUUAAAUCUCUAUUUAAACAUCUGAUCAAAUCCACAGAACUUUAGUUUCAUUUCUAGUCAAAAACACAAAGUUUCCAAAAAAACAAAACUUUCAGUUUGUAGUGAAACCACAGAAAACAAAGUGUGAAUAUUUCACAGUGUCAUAAAGCUUCAUUGUAGAGUUCAGCUGAGACCAUGACUCCACAGAAUAUGUGUCAAUAUUUUACAGGCUGUAAUAAGUGCUGAAACACUUAAUGACAACAGAACAACAGAAAUGAAUUGAUUGAUUGAUAAUCAUUUAAACUAUUUGUCAAACAAACAUUCUCAGGCUCCAUCUUUUUAAAUGUGAGGUUAUGACUAACUCAGACUGCUGAAGCUGAAUAUAAGCUUCACAUCAACUU